GUAUGGUCUGUCUCUGUUACAGGGCGAAACGGGGUUGGAGACGGUGGUCAGUGAAAACCUGCUUUUGAGGUUGAUCGUUUGUAUAAUGUUUUACUGAACAAAGAUACUUUUCUUUUACCGAUAGUAAACACUUAAAAGGCGUAAUCACAAACAUGCUGCGUGUCUGUAGGAAAGCGGCAAGUGCUGCAGCUCAGGUAAGGACAAUUCUAGAAUGGGACUUGGUUAGCUACUGUCAUUCACUGACCCAGCGCUCUAGGCCUGCUGCACAAAUAGAAAAAAUUGAAUCGCUUUGUGGAAGCCAUUUUAAACGGUAUCAGAAGUGCCUGUGUGGGAAUGUGCCGCUCCGGCCCCUGCAGCCCUGUCGCCGGUACACCUCAGCAGGAGACACUGGGGUGACUGCAGGCAAGAUCGUGGGAGCCAGCCUGCUUGUUGUGGGUGGCGGUCUUGGAGGCACAAUCUUGUAUGCAAAAUGGGAUCCCAAAUUCAGGGCCAAUAUGGAGAAGUCUGUUCCUUACUCUGACCAGGUUUUUGAAAUGACCCUGGGUCCGUCCACAUAUUCAUUACCAUUGCCAAAGAAGCCGGUUUCCUCCAAGGAGCUGAAGCCACCUAAAGUGAUGGGCAAAUCCAAGGUUGAGGAGGAGCCUGCAGAGGCACCCGCUGCUCUGGAACCAUCUCCACCCCUACCCCCUCCACAGACCACUGAGGAGGCCUCCGUAGAGGCGGCGCACAUAAUUUCCACCAUCAGCGAAGUGCCCUCUGUGCCUGCGCCUGUCAUCAACGAGCCGGAGCCCCAGCCUGAGGCCUUGCCCCCGGCUGCUCCGGAUGCCCCGGCAGCAGGAGAGUGUACCGAGUGUGCUCAUGAGGCUCAGCACGCAGUUAAAGAGCGUCCUCCAGAGGAGGUAGCCGCCCGCCUUGCUGAGCAGGACAAGGCUGAAGAGGACCACCUGGCCUCGUUGUCUGCGUCACUGGAGGAGGCUCUCGGCAGUUCAGCCGAAGUGACCCUGAAGGCCCUUGCAGCCCAGAAUGCAGCGAUUGAGGCCAUCAAUGUGCACACCCAGAGACUGAAGGAUGCCAUGGAGGAUGAAGAGGCUUCCCCAGAUAAAAAGGCUAUGCAGUGGCGUGUUCUUGAAGAUGCACUGAAGGAGCGCAGUAAGACGGUGGAUGAAGCUGCUGACGCCCUGCAGACUGCCAGGACUGAACUGGAGAAGCUCAGGGGAGUCAUCGAUCACGGAAAGAAGGCUAACCUGUCCUCAGCUCGUGCUCAGAUCCUGGCAGCUGAGGAAAACCUGCACAACAUGCUGGUGGAUCUGGACAACAUGGUGAACAAGGUGACAACGGCUCAGGGUGAAGCAAAAAUCCUCUCCCAGUACAACGAGCUUGUGACUGAGGCCAAGACGCAGUUCCAGAAGGAGCUUGACAGCAUCACCCCUGAGAUCCAAUCUGGCUGGAAAGGCCUCACAGGUAAGCUUUCCGCUGAUGACCUGAACUCUCUGAUUGCCCACGCACACCGGCGCAUCGACCAGCUGAACCGAGAGCUGGCAGAGCAGCGUGUGCGGGAGCAGAUCCACAUCGAGUCGGCACUGGAACAGCAGAAACUGGAGAACAAGAAGGCUCUGGAGGUGGCUGUCGCAACGGCUCUGGAACAUAACCGUGAAGAAAUGCGCCUGGAGCAGCAGAGGAAGGUGGAGGAGGUGCGGGGGGUGAUGGAGGCAGAGAUGAGGACUCAGCUGCGUCGACAAGCCGCUGCUCAUACGGACCACUUACGGGAUGUUCUGAAGGUGCAGGAGCAAGAGCUGCAUGCAGAGGCUCAGGAGAAUCUGUCAAAUAAGCUGAUGGAUCAGGAGACUGAGUUCCGGCGGCAAGCCCAGGAGCAGCUGGAUGGCUUCACCCUGGACAUGAAUGCAGCCUACGCUCGACUCAAAGGCAUGGAGGAGGCCAUCGACACUCAUAUGAUUGCUGAAGAGGAGGCAAGGAAGGCGCAUCAGCUAUGGCUCUCGGUGGAGGCCCUGAACUACUCCCUGAGGCUGGUGGGCGUUAAUGCCCCCACCGAGCCCCUGGAGACAGCAGUUCGAGCAGUACGGGAAAGCUGCUCCGAUAAUGAGUUUGCUCUGGCACUGACUACUGCCCUGCCUGAAGAGUCGCUCCAGCGCGGCAUCUACAGUGAGGCUUCGCUCCGUGCCCGCUUCUACAGGAUCCGCCAGCUAGCACGCCGCGUUGCCAUGAUCGAUGAGACGCGCAACAGCCUGUACCAGUAUUUCCUGUCGUAUUUGCAGUCUGUCCUCCUUUUUGAGCCGAAGCAGGCAGUGCCCCCAGCCAAGCUCUCUUCUGAAGACCAUGACACUUUCAAACUACUCUCUUAUGCCACCUAUUGCCUGGAGCACGGCGACCUGGAGUUAGCGGCGAAGCUGGUCAACCAGCUGCGGGGCGAGUCACGGCGAGUGGCGCAGGACUGGCUGAAGGAGGCACGGCUCACCCUGGAGACGCGGCAGGUGGUCAGUCUACUGUCCGCUUACGCCAAUGCGGUUGGGCUGGGCACCACCCAGGCUCCAUAGAAUGGAUGAAGUCCUGAUUAAGGGGAGAGAUCUCAUUCAAACAAGCUGGUUCAGGUCCUUUUGAGUUAAAAAAAAUUAUCUAUCUGUGUGGAAAAUACAAAUGAAUAUAAAUUGGACAUAAUAUGGUGCCAGUAGAGGUGUGUUCACAGAACGUUGUCCUUCAGCUCCACCAAACCAGUGCGAGGGAGCAUCUCAUAUUGCACUGUGAUGUUCAGAUGCACAUUACCUCACACACCCCUCCAGCUGUCCCUUCGGUAAAGUACAGGUGACACACCUCCAUGCUCCUAUUGAGCACUCUGCCCUGAGUGAAACGCAAGUGUGCAAGUUUAGUAGACAUGAGAGCUCCCAGUGCAACAUCUGAUCACUCUCUUUAUUCAAGAAAGCCACUUCCUAGACCUCACUGUCUGAUGCCCACCAUGUUAAUGGUUUAUGGCAGAUUUAUGUAAUGAUUUGUUCAGAUGGUUUGUGUUUUUCUGUUUUUUUUGGCCAGACUUUGUAAAAAGAAGUUAUGAUUAUCUUUGACACACUAUUUCUCCCCCCUCCCUUCAGCACUUCUUCAUAUCAAUAAAACAUGGAAGAUAUUAACCAGA